AGAUCGUCUGCUGUAGUCGCGGUAUAGCGUAGGAGCGCGCUGCUAUGACUGACGCAUCAUGAUGAUGCCACCGCUAAUCGGGUAUGGCAGAUGUCGAUGCCGGAUGAGCUGUCAACAUCGGUGCAGGGAGUAUUGCGUACCAUGAUUUCUGGAGUAAUGCUAGUCCAGUGCUUUACAGUAUACGUCUAUCUCGCAACGUAUAUCGUUCUACUGUACCCAGUGUUUUUGGAAGAAAGACCGGCUCUUGUUUUGCCAUGGCUUCUGGUCGCCGCUAUAAGGAAGCUGCUCUGCGAACUAACGAGCCUAGCUUUGGGCCUCGGAACUUGCGUGUUGCUGGGCGCAGCGAGGUCGCCUUGUGUAAAAUUCGUCAUUGUCAAAUUUGCUUCGAUAACGCCGAGUUUUUAUAUGUGGGUGAUUACUUUAAGCUAUUACAACGCUUUGAAAGUAGUUGCAGCCUUUAAAACCUUUCCUAAUGUAGUGCCAGCUUCCCAUUGUGAUUAUGGACUCGAACUUGCUAUAAGGCGACGUCGCACUAAGUCUCUCCAGGGGGAAGAGCAGUUACGUAGGAAAUUAUUGACAAAUUUUUAUGGGGAGCAAACUGUAUCAUCAAACGAUGAAAUCGGUUUCAUUCAAAGAAAUGAACACAUAUCGCGUAUGGUCCAUUCCACAGAUACCAGUAUAGCUGACAGUAAUGACAAAAUUAUUAACGUUAUACAAGGUCAAUUGGAGACAUCAAAGAGAUUAUCCGAAGCAGGUUCAUAUGAAGAUUGGUGUAUAAAUGAAAUCGUAAUACCCCGAGAUACAGAUCGUAUACUCGAACAAUUCGUUUUAAUGUCUUUACGGGUUAGUGAUUACUUAAAAAAGGAAGGCACAGAUUCUAUGAAUUCUCAAAGUCUUAUAUUAAAGACAUCAAAUUUUUCAUAUAGACAAGAUGCUUUACAUUGUGCAGCCAUUACAACUGAUAUUAUGGAUAAUUCUUCAUAUUUAGGAAGUAUUAAAGGCAGUACAGCUUCUUACUUAAAAGAAUACCCGAAGAUAUUCAUGAAAAAACCAUCACAUGAUCAAACUCCACACAAUACUCAGAAUCUUAAUAGCGCCCUUGUGUCUAGUUCCAACAACAGCGAAUGUAAACGUUCAAAUUUGGAAACCUUUGAUAGUUUUGAUACGAUGGAACAAAGUUUUAGUCCAAAACAAUAUUCUUACGAAAAUAAUAUUAGCACGCAGCGAAUCGAUAGAGAUCUGACACUAACACAAGAAAAACCAAAAUGCUGCCAUAAAUUAUGUAGAAUGCGCAGCAUUGAUAUUCCAAUAGAGACGAACGAAGAAACAACUAGAAAUAGUGAUGAAUCAAUAGAGUCAGUUGGUAAUCUUAAGGUGAUUGCUAAGAAAUUCAAUGAUGUAAGAUUAACAGAAACUCAAGAUACCGAAGUGGAUGAAACACCUAGCAUAGUAUCUUUAAAUAAUUCAAAAUAA